UGAGCGGUGACUUCAGCAGCUGCACGUUGUUGCAUUUUGGAAUGAGAUGCAAACAUUUUUAUGACACAACUCAGGAUUUAUAGGUUAUAAAAAACAAAGUAACCACUGAGGAAAGCCAAGCACCAAAAGAAAAAUCCUCACAUCCAAGCAGAGUCCAACUGUGUUACGGAGGAGCUCAUCUUGAGGUGCAGAAUGUUGAAGCAGGUGCUGAUCGGGGUUCUGUGUGUGUCUGUCGUGCUGACUGCAGGAAUCCUGAUCGGUCACUUUGGCAUCACAAAGAGCGGCGACUCUGCACCGUCCUGGGUGAAGGAUGUGGCCAAGGAUGUGGAUGAGAAGCUCAUUCAACAGUUUUUAUCAGAGGUGGAUAACGUGAAAAUUCAGGAGAACCUGAGGGAGUUGACCAAAGUGCCUCAUAUGGCCACCACAGCUGGAGACGAGCAGACGGUGCAGCUCAUGUUAAAGAGAUGGCAGAAUCCUGACAGUGGUCUCGAUCAGGCCUGGAGAGAAGAAUAUCUGGUCUAUCUUUCAUUUCCCGACCCCAAUAAACCAAAUAAAAUUACUGUUGUGAGCCAGUCUGGUACGGUGUUGCACACUGCCAGAGAAAAGGAGAAGCCUUAUACUCCGGACCAAGAAGAUCCUGACGUGGUUCAGCCAUACGCUGCGUACUCUCCUCCAGGACAAUCUAGGGGGAAACUGGUUUACGCUAAUCAGGGGAAACUCAGCGAUUACGACCAUCUGAACCGAACAGUCGACCUCAGAGGAACCAUCGCUAUCACCAGAUAUGGAGGAGCAGGAAGAGGAGCGAAAGCCAUCAAUGCAGCACCUUAUGGUGUCAUUGGGGUGCUCGUGUACACGGACCCUCUGGACAUGAACGAUGGCCUCAUGUCUGACGUCAAUGAGACGUAUCCUCACUCGUGGUACCUGCCGCCAACUGGUGUGGAGAGAGGUUCCUAUAACAGCCAGUUUGGAGAUUUGCUCACACCGUACCUGGCUGCCAAAGAGGGGACCUACAGAAUCCCAGAGGCAGAUAUUAAAGGGCUCCCUCCCAUUCCAACACAACCAAUUGGAUUUGAGGAUGCGUACAUUCUGAUUUGUGCGUUGGGUGGAGAUGCAGCUCCAACUGAUUGGCAGGGAGGAUUUAACUGCACCUACAAUUAUGGAGCUCCGGGGUUUAAACCUACAUCUGAUUUUAACGACAGCAAUGUAAAUAUGGACAUCUUCAAUUAUGGAAAGGUAGUAAACUCCCCCAAUGUGAUGGGCGUUAUCAGAGGAAGUGUUGAACCAGACAGGUAUGUGAUCUAUGGGAACCACAGGGACAGUUGGGUACAUGGUGCCAUUGACCCAAGCAGCGGGACGUCGGUCAUGUUGGAAAUCAGCAGGGUACUGGGCAGAAUGGUCAAACAAGGAAAAUGGAGGCCUCGUAGGUCCAUCAUCUUUGGGAGCUGGGGAGCUGAAGAGUUCGGCCUUAUUGGGUCGGCGGAGUACGCAGAGGAAUACUUCACCAAGCUGAGUGAACGCACUGUAGCUUACAUAAAUGUGGACAUAGCUGUCUUUGCCAAUGCCACCUUCAGAGCCGCGGGGAUGCCGUCUCUGCAAAACGUCAUCUUCAAAGCCACAAAACAAGUCAGCGCACCUGGACUGGAUUCCACAAACGUGUACGAUAACUGGAAGCGUUACUUCAACAAAACCAGCCCGACCUACGGUCUCAUUCCAAGUGUGGGAUAUUUGACAGGAGCAGGAAGUGACUACGCUGCCUUUGUUCAUUACCUGGGAAUCGCUUCCGUGGAUAUGUCUUACACAUAUGACAGGAGUAAAACAAAUGCUCGGAUUUAUCCUGCCUACCAUACAGCAUAUGAUACCUUUGACUACGCUUCAACGUUCAUUGAUCCUGGGUUUGUGAGUCACCAAGCAGUAGCCAGGACAGCAGGGAACGUCCUUAUCCGGCUGGCUGACAGUCUGGUGCUGCCACUGAACUGCAGCGACUACGCCGAGAGUCUGGAGGAGUAUCUGAAAACAGCGGUGGACUUGUAUCAGGAGCAGCUUCACACGCAGGAAAUCUCCAUGGAACCACUAAAACGUGCCUUGGCCAGUUUUCGCAGAGCAGCUGAACGUUUAGACGAGUUGAUUCACAGCUCAGACCUGGCAAAUGAGACGCCGCUGAAAGUCAGAAAGAUCAACGACCAGCUCAUGUUGGUGGACAGAGCGUUCUUGAAUCCUCUGGCCUUCGAAAGUAAAUAUGGAUACAGGCACGUUAUCUGGGCUUCGAGUAAUGCCGGCAAGCAGACGUUCCCAGGUCUGGCAGACGCCUUCGCUAACGCUGAGUCAUCAAAACUGCCCAGUGACUGGCAAAAGGUGCACUAUCACCUGUCAGUGGUGAGCCAAGCCAUUGAAGGGGCCGCCAGCAUGCUGGCUGAUGUAAUAUAGGCAUAAAAAUGGAGGAGUGCAUGAAGCAAUAAGACUCUGAUGGACUAUUUAUAAAACAAGAAGAUUUGGUCAUCCGUCUUAUUCAUAAACGAUAAAUAAAAAAUAUUACACAGAAUAUACCUAAUUAG